GCAACAUGUGACGUGCGUGCUGACAAGAUGAAGCCAACUCGAUCUAGUUACUGCAACCGUUAGCUAGCACUAGCACUCAACAAAUUUUCUUGACCGUUUAUGUAACUUUUAAUGCAGAGCUCGACUUCUUUGCUCUUGCUGUUUGAAUAGGGCCAGGAUAAAUAAGGGGCCUCCUAUUUUCUUGUUAGCGCUAGAGGCCUGCCAUUAUUCACACUUGCCACCUCCCACGGUCCUCAAUCCACCAGAAUCAUCCUUCGAUCCCCCCAACUCAAGCAGCCAACGAAGCCACAGCAAACCCCAGCAGGUUCAUGGCCAGCUAUGGAAGUUCAUGGCCAUAACGACCUCGUGUUGCAACCAAAAGCCCUCCUCUCUUCUUCGCCUUAGUCGACUUCAUAUCGUCCCCCAACACCGGCCUUGUGCGAUCCUCGCCGUCGGCCCUCACCACCACACCGCCUCCAUCGAGCAGUAGUCGCGUAUUUCGCCGACGACUACUGAGGCAAGAUCCGUCCACCUCCGAUCCAACACUGCACAACAACAAAUCCCGUUCAACAAAUAACACUGGUGGUAUCAAUUCCAGUCACCGCUCAACUCGUCGGCCUCAGGAAAAACCAAAGCUAGAUAGCUGCCACUAAUGGCGGCGUCCUUGAUGCUUUGGCAUCCUACGUCCAAAACAUGCUGACAGAGAUGGCCAAAGAAGAGGUGUCUAUGCUGCUGGGUGUCUCCGGGGAGAUCCACAAGAUGGGUGUCAAGCUUGCGGACCUCAAGAACUUCCUUGCCGACGCCGACAGGAGGAACAUCACUGACCAAAGCGUGCAGGCAUGGGUGAGAGAGCUUCGGGACACCAUGUAUGAGGCCAUGGACAUCCUUGAUCUGUGCCAGCUAAAGGCCAUGGAACAGGGUCCAAGACGGGACAUGGGGUGCUUCAACCCCUUGCUCUUCUGCAUGCGCAAUCCCCUCCACGCACAUGACAUCGGAAGCCGCAUCAAGAAGCUUAAUCAAAGGCUAGAUGACAUCAAGGCCCGUAGCACGUCAUUCAACUUUGUCAUCCUCAGUUCCUACGAGGAUAGUGGAAGAAAGGUGGUAUCAGCUGCUUAUCCUAGUACCGUUGAAACUACAGGAGGGCUCGACGAGUCAGGUUUGGUAGGUGAAACGAUCGAGGAGGAGACAAGAAAUCUAGUGGAUGUGCUAAUAAAGGAUGAGCAAACCCAUAAAGAAUACCACAAAAUUAUGGUUUUUGCUAUUGUGGGACCUGGCGGGAUUGGCAAAACUACCCUUGCCAAGAAGGUCUUCAACAAUGACAUCAUUCAACAAGUGUUCGCUAAGAAAAUAUGGUUAAGUGUCAACAAGGACUAUAAUGACACUGAGAUAUUGAAAAGAGCUAUUACCGAAGCUGGUGGGAACCACCAUAUAGCCGGAAAUACAAAAGCCACGCUAGAGCGAACCCUCGUAGAAGCCUUGAAGGGACAUAAGACCUUAUUGAUAAUGGAUGAUGUUUGGGACUGCCGUGCAUGGGAUGGUGUGCUCCGAACUCCGCUGGUCAAUGCUACCCUAGCUCAUGGCAUCCGAAUCCUCCUCACCACAAGGCAUGACACAGUUGCGCAAGGGAUGAUGGCGGAGAAGCCCCAUCAUCAUGUCAAUAAACUUGAGCCCGAAGAUGCAUGGUUGCUGCUCAAAAAGCAGGUUCGUAAAAAUUAACCCAUGGUUUGAAAAAUUCCUCUUGUUUCAGUUUUUUAUUUACACAUCACGCUUGAUAGUUGCAUCGCAUUAAUUAGCUUCACUGCUUAGCUGCAUUGUUCAGAACAGGAUAUAUCGAUUCUACACUAGUAAUAACUUCAAAACUCUAAAGGGACAAAGUGUCAGCUAAUGUUAUAAAGCUGAUGCAGACUAAGUGGGGCAGUUCGUCACGACUUCCUAAAGCAUAUUUAAAGCUUAAUCAAAACUUUGGACUACCUAUCAACCCGUGCUCUUGCACUUGCUAAUUAGAAUUAAUAUAAAAUGAAA